AUGGGAGAGGAGAGAGGACAGCAAGAGCAGCAGCAAGAGGGGCAGCAGCAAGAAGGUCAACAGGGGCGACAGCAGGAGGGUCAACGGGGCCAGGCUACUAGGGGAGAGGAGAGGGGACAGCAGCGGCAGCAGCAGCAGCAGCAGCAGCAACAGCAACAACAUGGCCAGCAAUGGCAGGAGGGGCAGGUUAGUGGGGGAGAGGAGAGAGGACAGCACAGCCAGCAACAGGAGGUUCAGCAGGGGCAGGAGAGGCUGGUGAGUGGGGUAGAGGAGAGGGGACAACAGGGGCAGCAGCGGGAUGGCCAGCAAGGGCAGGUCGGGCUCCGGGUCCAGGGGGCGACCCAGCCCUUGGGUGCGAGCUGGUUCGGGGAGAGAGGGAGAGAGGAGGUGGCGGGGAACAUGACUGCAGGAGCGCAGGGGUUAGGAGGGAAGGGUAUGGAAGGGGGGGAUAGGGCGAGGGUGCUGGGGGUUUCUUCCUCUCUUCUUUUCCUCUUUCCACCUUUCCUUCGGCCCUUCUCUUCUUCUCAAGCUCUUCUCUCCUUAUCACCCUUUCUUUGUUCCACCAUCUCUACCGUACUCUAA